AUGGCGCUCUAUCCCGCUGCCGUCGCGACCACCGCACUCGGCGUUGUCGGUGCUUAUAUGCUUUUUCAUGACGAAGGAGAAGCUUUUAAUGUCGGCCAAUUUCUAGAGACAGUGUCCCCGUACACAUGGGCGAAUAUCGGUAUAUCGCUGUGUACGGGCCUUUCAGUAGUGGGAGCAGCAUGGGGCAUUUUCCUCUCCGGCUCAUCUAUCCUCGGUGGUGGUGUCAAAGCACCCCGGAUACGAACGAAGAACUUGAUUUCUAUUAUUUUCUGUGAGGUCGUUGCCAUCUACGGACUCAUCAUGGCCAUUGUGUUUUCAUCGAAGCUCAACUAUGUCGAUUCGGCGAACCUAUAUUCCGGUAGCAAUAUCUACACUGGAUUUGCCUUGUUCUGGGGCGGAAUUAUUGUUGGAUUUUGCAACCUGAUUUGCGGUAUCUCUGUUGGUAUCAACGGAAGUGGUGCUGCCCUGGCCGAUGCUGCUGAUCCUAGCCUCUUCGUAAAGAUCCUUGUUAUUGAAAUUUUUAGUUCCGUACUCGGUCUCUUUGGCUUGAUUAUUGGCCUUUUGAUCUCCGGACGAGCUCUUGAGUUCCAAUAG